GCUAUUGAUCUAUUGAUGAAUUGAUGGAGCUCUUUGUUUGCAGGGGUAUUGAUCGGCUGUGUUUGUCCCUCCCUUCAUCUCUUCUCUUCUUUUCUCGGCUCUGGUCUGAUGUUAGUUUGCUGAAGCUCAGCGUCAGGAGCAUCUCUGCAUGGAAAUACAUUAAGAUCAAGAGCAGAUCCACGAACACAUGGAUCUCUGUGUGUUUACUGCAGCGUCACCAACCUCUGCUGAUUUGGAGACGAUGGUUACGAUGAAAGAUCAUCACAUUCAGCGUCUGGAACAGGAAGUGCGACGACUCCAGCGUCUGCUGCAGGAAGUCCAGGAGCGAACAGCCAAUCACGUCGCUCUGCUGCAACAGCAACUGGCCAAUAAAUCACAGCACAUAGAGAGACUUCAGGCCAAGCUACAGUCCCAGCAGGACUACGAGAAGAUCAAGACCGAGCUCAGGACUCUUCGAGUGCUGGUGCAAACCACAGAUGAAGUUUCAGGGUUUUGUCCUCCGUCAGAUGUCAGGAGCGUCUCUGUUGUUAACGAUCCUGUGAUCCAAAAAGAAAUGUUUCAUCACUCUGCUGGGAAAGAAGAAGCCCUGAAUGAAUCUUCCUCUUUCAUCUCUGGGUCACCAGCAUCAUCUUCAUCAUCUCUGAGCAUCCAGAGCUUCAUUAAAGAGGAGACAGGCUCUGGUGAUGAUGAGCAGGAGUUUGACACGACUCGAUUAGCUCAGCAGGUCAAAGAGGCUCUUCAGCGGCUGAACAUCGGCCAGCGGGUGUUCGGUCACUAUGUGCUCGGUCUCUCUCAGGGAACCGUCAGCGACAUACUGGCCCGACCCAAGCCCUGGAGCAAACUGACCAGCAGAGGAAGAGAACCCUUCCUGAGAAUGAAGCACUUUCUGUCUGACGAACACAGCAUCCGAAAACUCAGCGACAUACAGGAGAGACUGAGAGGUGUCUUCGUCCCGUGGGUUGGUCCUCCAGACAGGAGCUCUGAUGAUGAUGUGAUCAAGAACAUUCUGGAUCAGAGCCGUCUGGAGAGUCAGUGCAGCCUUAUAUCUCAGAUCUCACUUUUAACACAGAUAUAA